ACCGCCGUUCUCUUCAUCUCUUCCGCUUCUCUAUUCUCUUUCUCUAGAACCAAGAACCAUUCGGACUUAAAGUCGCCGGACGACGUCAGUCAGGCCAGUACUUUGUCUCAUCUAACUCCAAAUUAAAGUUUCCAGAUCUUUGAAAUCUCCCAACUCCUCUAACGCGAACUGGAGAUUGUGACCAUAGUUUGUAAGGGGGGCCCUUCGAAGUCGGCUCGGUAGUGACGAACGAGGCGCUAGCGGCACUCGGCUUCGUCUUCCUAUCCCCAGAAGACACCCAACGGAGCAUCAAAGAAGCCCCUCAGGUGAAAUCAUGCUCUCCAGUGCCGAGCGGAUGAAGCUCAUGUUCCCGGACGCUCCGAGCGGCAACUCCCAGGCUCCUACCUCGGGCGGCCGUCCCCCGACUUCACCCGUGAAGCCGACACCCGAGACGGCGCAGAAGAAGAAGAGAAAGGAAACGGCCUCGGCCACCGACGCUUUGCAGGGGUCCGAGUCCCCCAUGAUGAAGGACUUCGGCCAUCCUAAAUACGUCAAGGCAGCCUUCCCCGCUCGGGUCUCCUUCCUAGAUCGGGACUACGACCCGGAGACCUUCCUGCGCAGCUUCACUUCUCCAACUGAUCGCGCCAAGAUAAAAGAUAUCGACCGGGAGACUCUAGCCUCGGAUACUUUCCACGAGUUGGGCUCAGCGAUGAUGCGCAUGGUCGACAUGAGCCAGCAGCUGCGCGUCAGUGAGGACGACCGGAGCAGGGCUUAUGUUGAGAUAGCCGACCUCAAUGAGGUGUUGAAGGCGGCCAAGGAGGAAGCUCGCCAGGCCGAGGAGCGGGCUCAGCAACUCGCGGAGGAGGCUGCUCGCAAGGCGCGCCAGGAGGUUCGCGAUCAGGCGGUGGCCGAGUUCAUAUCCUUGGGGGCAUUCCAGGAUGAGGCCUUCGCCCGCAUGAAUGAUCUACUCAAGGCCUGGGGGCAGACUCCCGAGGGGAAAGCCUUUGCUCGCUCCGAAGGGACGUCGUGGUACAACCUUGGUCUGUUCCGAGCGCAGCAGGUCCUCUCCGAUAGGUUCCUCGCCGGGAUAGACUUCCCCGAACCAUGCGACAACCCUGACGAGUUUGACACUUCCAUCUACUACCCGAAUGGCGGGGACACGGCCAGCGAGCAGCUGAAUGCCGAGUGAUAUGACUUUAAACUUUGUCGUAUUUGAUGUAAUGCUGCUCAGAACUUGUUUUUUGAAUUCGGGUUUUUGCUUUAUAUGGAUAUGUUAUGCUUUCUCGUCUUGCCCUUAAUUUUACCGUCUUUCGUCGUUUCCUUUCACUUGCGUGCUCGCCCAUCCCCCGUCCGACCUGAGCUCGGCCAUGCCGAAGAGAGGUUACUUUGGGACUUGGUCCCUU